AUGGCACUCCUACCCGCACGCAACGUGGUCAUGUUGCGCCUCAGCCCUGCAUCUUCGACCAAGAUCAACGCUCUACGGAACCGGCACAAGGCCGGCUUGGAUCACUGCAACUUCCAAUUCUUCCGAUACAUCGCCGCAGACGAUCAGAACCGGUCUCUAGUAAGAGAGAAGCUCGCCGAGAUAGCCGCCGCGCAGUCGCCAAUCUCCUUCUGCCUGAGCAACGCGCAUCGAUCUUCCAACGCGAGGUCAGGGAUCCAGAAAGUGGUGCUCAGGGGCGAACGCAGCGAGGACACGUUCAAAUCCCUUGCGCGGACAAUGUGGGAGGCCAUGGCCGACGUGCGGAUCCUCAAAGCCGGGUUUGACGGGAAAGAAGCUGUGAGUUUCCUGGUGAAGGAUCACACCUUCCGGUACCACGGGAAGAAAACCGGGAUCUUCUGCCGCGCACCGUCCAUUGCGGUCAAGACUUUCACCAAGGGCGACCAGGAAUCGAGUCGUUUGCUGGAUUGGCUGUCUCGAGAAUACCCGAACGGAUUUGGGGACGUUGAGGUGGAUGGGUUUUGCUUGGGCAACAUGAAAGACUCCCGCUCACAAGAGCCUACGGAACCUCUGCCCCUGGAGGAAUUCCCGUUUCUCGGACAGAGCCAGGUCUCUUCUCCUACUGAAGCUUAG